UGUUGACUGCUGAACAUGUCUGCCUCAAUGGUGGCGAGAGCGACGGUCAGAGCUGUCAAAAGAAAGAUAUUAGCUACAAGAGCUGCUUUAACUCUGACUCCGCCUGCUGUGAAUAGGAUCCGGACCCUCCUGGAGAACAAGCCAGAAUAUAUUGGUCUGAAGGUGGGUGUGAGGACAAGGGGCUGUAACGGUAUGACCUACACUCUGGACUUCACCAAGCAGAAGGAUCAGGCUGAUGAGGAGGUGCUGCAGGAUGGUGUCCGUGUAUUUAUAGAGAAGAAGGCCCAGCUCACUCUGCUGGGGACCGAGAUGGACUUCGUGGACUCCAAGCUGUCCAGUGAGUUUGUCUUCAACAACCCCAACAUCAAGGGCACCUGUGGCUGUGGAGAGAGCUUCAACAUCUGACAGGGCUUCCUGCUGUGGAGAGGGCUUCAACAUCUGACAGGGCUUCCUGCUGUGGAGAGGGCUUCAACAUCUGACAGGGCUUCCUGCUGUGGAGAGGGCUUCAACAUCUGACAGGGCUUCCUGCUGUGGAGAGGGGCUUCCUGCUGUGGAGAGGGCUUCCUGCUGUGGAGAGGGCUUCCUGCUGUGGAGAGGGCUUCCUGCUGUGGAGAGGGCUUCCUGCUGUGGAGAGGGCUUCCUGCUGUGGAGAGGGCUUCCUGCUGUGGAGAGGGCUUCCUGCUGUGGAGAGGGCUUCCUGCUGUGGAGAGGGCUUCCUGCUGUGGAGAGGGCUUCCUGCUGUGGAGAGGGCUUCCUGCUGUGGAGAGGGCUUCCUGCUGUGGUGG